AUGUUGGAACAGGGCGCCGCGUCACUUCUUAUCCUCGCUAUUCUAUCGUUCCCGUUUUUGCAGCGCCGCUACUAUGAGAUCUUUCUCAAGGCACAUCAGAUCUUGGCGAUUGCUGCAAUCAUUAGCAUUAUUCGGCAUCUGCUGCCAACUUCAAAUUUACAAUUUCAAUCUGCGAUCGGAUACUUGGCAGCUUCGCUGGCGAUAUUUGUCGCCCGUUUUUGCCUCAUGGUCUUUCGCAAUAAGAAGAUGGGACGUCGAUUCACUAGAGUUCUCAUCAGAGAGGCGCAUGGAUUAGUGCACAUGGAGUGCAUGGAUAUCGGCGCCGAAAGGGGUGCACAAGACGAGUCCACCUGGUGUGGCACACGAGAGAACUCGGUAAGUUCAAGCAGCAGACCGGUGCCGGAUCCAUACUCACCGUUGUCAGAUCAUAUCCAUUCGCUCCUGAAAUUCUUGAACUACAACUUGGAGGAGGAUCAAAGCUAUAUGUUUACGAUUUCGAUCUUUUUCGAACAGGAGCUCAUAAGCCGUCCUUCCGAUUAUCGCAUUAGUAUAUAUAAUCACGCUCCAGAUAUGAAGCGACUCAUCAGUAAAGUAGUAUCAAAGAACUUUUGGGAGCCAGUAGUCCGCAAGAAGCACAGUGCUGUAGAACUGGGGGACGAAGACCAAAAGGAAGAUGUAGAUGAGAGCGCAAUGCUUAUUCUUGUGUCGGGAUCUGGGAAGCUUCGUGAUGAAAUCCGAAAGCACGCCCAACCAUACCUAGCGAAGGAUGUUGUACUAAAGGAACUUGAUUUUCAGCUCGAAUGA